CCUUGGAACUUAACACUCAACUCACUCUCUUAAUUACCUAAUAACAUCGUGAACCAUUUACUUUUAUUAUGGCUUGCUAUAUUCCGUAACCGAAGCAGCGCUGAAAUAUUUCAUAGCAUUUGCGCGUUUAAUCAAGUUGGGUGUAAUAUUAGUCUAGUAAUGCCCCUAGAACUCCCGGUCCUCACUAUUGCCGACGCAGCAGCGUGGUCAAGCUGGCUAUUUCGUAGCGCUGGCACAUCUAAGGGCGUCUGGUUGACCCUGGCCAAGAAGGGCGCAACAGCCCCAACCUCGCUCACGUAUGCCCAAGCACUCGACGAAGCACUCUGCCACGGAUGGAUUGACGGACAGGCUCGCAAGGGCGAUGGAGAGAACGCGCUUACAUCCUAUGCCCAGCGGUUUACGCCACGCGCGGCGCGGAGCAUCUGGUCCAAGCGAAAUGUAGAACACGUAGCACGUCUUGAACGCGAGGGCCGAAUGACAGAUGCGGGGCGACGCGUUAUCGAGGCUGCUAAAGCAGACGGUCGCUGGGAAGCCGCAUACGCGGGCCAGGCGACGGCAGAGCUACCGGAAGAGUUCCUCGUCGCGGUUGCGGCCGUACCCGCAGCACAAGCAGCCUUCGAGGCAUUAUCGCGACAGAAUCGCUUCCUAAUGUACUAUCGCUUGAAAUCGCUGAAGACUCAAGCUGGACGCGAGAAGAGGAUUUCCGCAUUUGUUGACAUGUUAGCCCGCGGUGAGGUACCGUAUUCGCAGAAACAAUCCGUGCAGUCCUCGAGUCCGGCGGCGUUAAGUAGUGGAUUAACUAGAAGAGAGAAGAAACCAACUGUAUCUGACGUUCGCCAAGCAGUUCGAAGAUCUGCGCGCGUGUCUCAACGCACAAGACGGCCUUCCUAACAGAUAGGGGGUGCCAUCAAGGACGUCGCAAUAUUAUAAGGAGUCGACUUAAAUAAGAUGAACCGAGCCUUACCACCACAUCAAGUCAGAGGUGAGGCUAUUCCCACCUUUAUUCACAUUAAAUACUACUUUUCAUCUUCAUCUCUACUUUUCUCGUCUAUUAGAUUAC